AUGAAUGGACUGAACGGUACGGCGAGCCCGUUGGCCGUUUCGGCCAACAACGCCAACACCACCCAACAAUUGUAUCAGCUCUUACUGGCCCAGAAACUACAGCAAAACCAAGCCCUACACAUAUCGCCGGUCAGUGAGCCGGCCGUCUCAUCGCAACCCUCACCCAAUGACCUGGUCCAGCAGCUGGCACAGACACUGCUUGUGGUGGGUUUUUUGGUCGAUAAUUUAGCUAACCUACCAAUGAUUACCCUCCCCGACCCUACUUAGCUAUACUGUUCUUUACCCGACCCUACUGUACCAUACCUUACCAUACCAUCGAUGAUAAUAUACCCUUAUAAGCAGAGUUCCCACGGGCUCCGGAGCCGGAGCUUGCGAAAAUGUCGGCUCCGGAGCCCGGAGCCGGAGCUAAAAUUUGAAAAUGGUCGGAGCCGGAGCUGGAGCCGGAGCUAGGAUUUCUAAAUUUGGGAACUCUGCUUAUAAGCCUAAAAACCUUAACUUAAGCUUCUAACCAAAAAAUCAAUUUCAGAAUCCAAGCAUCAGCACGGUCUCCCCCCAAACCUCGAUUGUCUCCAGCCCCACCCAGCCGAACUAUGGCCAAGAUUUGAGCCAAUUGCAAAGCCUGCUCCCCUCCCAGCCCAAUCUUCUUGCCUCCGUCUUAAAUGCUCAAAAUCAGGCUCGGCAAGCGCUUCAACCCAACCUGAUCGCUCUUCUUCAACAACAACAAGCGCAACGAGUUGUUCAGCAACCGAAUCAGGCCGCAAUCCUGCAACUGAUGCAAACGAACCCACUCUUGGCUUCGCAGAUCAUUGCUCAACAACAAAACGUGGAUUCGAAUGCGACAUUGAAUCUGUUGACACACCUGUCGCAGCAACAACAGCAAGAGCAGGAGAGUCCGCCGAUUAUCACUUCGGAGAGUGAGUUUAGCCAAAUUUUGAGUUUUUUUUACAUUUUUUAUUUCAAAAUUUAAAAAACAUUCAAAAUCAAAAAAAUUUUUAAAAAAUUAUUUUCAGCCCUUGCCAAGCCCCAGCCCUCCUACGAUGAGAUUCUGAAGCGUCAGCAAGAAUCCCAACAAAACAUUGCGGCCGCAAUCGCAGCCGUCCAACACAAACAGCCUCGUCUAACUAGUCAAUCGUCAAGCAGCUCAUUAUUUUCCAAUCCUUGCAACGACCCACCCAACACAUCCACCCCCACUUCCGACAUAUCCACCCCGAAACCGGCCCCUCCGGCACCAGCCCAGCGGCAAGCGUCGAGUGAUCGACUGUUGAGUGGGGCCGAAAGCGUUCAGGACCAUAUCAGCCGGCUAAUCAGUGAGAAUGAGGCUAUCGUGGAGCCGAAUCCCGUGCUAUUGAAAAGACGACCUUACCAUAGGCAGAGCACGUCCAAUUCAAUCACUUCGCAGACUUCUGAAGCCGUUGGACGUGAGUUUUUUUUCUAUUUAGUAGAUUCAUAAGUAUCCGUAGCUCACAGCCUGUAGAUUCAUAUUGCUAUUAAUACUGAUAUAUAUAUAUAUUCAUAGUGAAUGUUUUACUUAAUCUUGAUAGUAAAGUAGAAAAGCUGAUAGACAUCUUUUGUCAAUUUCAAAAAUAUGUUUUUAGCCUCCCAACGCGAAUCCCCCGGACUCUUCCACAACGUUCCAAAUCACCGUCUCCCAACAACUAGAAGUCAGUCGAUGCACGAAAGCCAAAUGCUUCAGCACGUUCAUCGUAUGAACAACAAUGGCUCACUAACCUCAGGCCAACCACUUCGAGGCGGCCAACCAUCAACCGCCACCAACACCACUUCAAGUUGCAACUUCUGCAACCUCAAAUUCCCGAAUGAAGCCGGCCUAAAAGCCCACGAAUUUCGUUGUAGCAAGAAGGAACAGCUUCAGAAGAGGCUUCUGCUUCAAAAACAAAAGUCACAACCUCAACUUUGGCACAAUAAUGCCUUGUUGAAUGCUCAACAACAACAGCUAUUCCUUCUGCAACAGCAGCAACUUCAGCAACAGCAGCAAAAGCUGAUGGCUCAACAGCAACAUCAAAGCACGAUUGCAGCGUUAGUCGGAGGUGGUGCUGGUGUAGCACCGGAGCUGUUCGCCAAUAACAUGUUUGGCGGCCGCAACUCGGUACCAAUGAGCUCUAGUCCAGGCCCUAGUCGCGCCACCACGUCUGGAGCUCCAACUUUUGGUAGCCCAGCUAUGACGAGUAGUUUUGCCACAACUUCAGCACCAUCGCCACCUUUGGGCAGCAAGAAUGGUACCAGUUCUCCCAGUACGUCCUCAACCUGCUCGGAGAAUCGGCAUCCGCUGAAGAAGCGGCUUCUGGAGAGUGUUGCUCGGCACAGUAGCGACAUGGACUUGAACCAUCGCUCACCUGGAACACCAACUUCGGCUUGUAGCUCCAUGGACACUUCUGAAGCUCAGCAAUCGCCGGCCAAGAUGGCCAAAUUGGUAAGUUAGUCUGUUGUUGCGUUCCGUAGUAUAGUGUUUGUUAUUGGUACUUUUAUCAGUAUGAUAAUAUAGUUCAGCACGUCCAUCGUACUUUCUUAUUGAUAUGAAUACUGAUAUUAGUACCAAACUGUAGUGUUCGUUAAUAUACUAUUAAUCAGUCGUUGUGUUUCUUAAUCAGUAUUAUAUCUUAGUGCUUGUCAUUAGUACCUUUGUUCUUGUUUGUGGACCAGUUAUAGUAUUUGUAUCUUUUGGCACAUUAAAUACCAUACUCAAUUCUGUGUUGUACUGUCGUGCCUUUCUUUCAUUUAUUUUGCGGAUUAUAUUUUAUCGACUUGACGUACUGUUUUUAAUAUACUAUGGUAGUUAAACUCAUCAUAGCCUUCAACAUCGAUGCAACAUUUAUCAUUACCUCCAGAAUAACUUCAUAUUAGACCAUAGUAGACUUAAUUCUUUGGCAUUUUUAGCCCUAGGACUAACUCAUAUAAGCCUAAAAUAUUUUUUUUUGCAUGCAACCCAAAAAAAUGUUUUUGAAGCCCCUAGCAGCAGUAAUAUAACUUUAUAAUACCGCACUUUCUUAGAAAUUCAAAAACUUUUGACCUCACCAAGCGCAGCUCAUCUACUACAAUAUCGCUAACCAAGCCAACUCCCAUAAAAACCUCAAAUUUCUCAAAAAACUAAUCGUUUAACUGUUGUGCAGUAUCUUAAAUAUCGUUGUGGUUGUAGUAGUGCAAGAAAAAAUUGGCAAAAACUGACUGACCGCUUUUGUAGGUACCGGACAGCGUUAAGUUUACCUACGAUAUUUUGCUGUUCUAAACCGAGGCAACGAAUCGCAACGAAAUACAAAUAAUUCUCUCUUUAACCCCCCUUUCUACCACAACAUAUUACUAUUAUCGAUUACUUAUCACACACACACAAUGCGAUUUGUGUUUAAUUUGUUAUGUACAGACAGUUUUAAUGGAACUGUGUGUUAUAAUGGGCAUGUGUGUAGCUGGCGCGACGUCUUUUCGAGGUAAAUAUUGUGGUAUUGUGAUAGAGAAGAGAAAAUUCUGAAUCUGAAUUAAAAAUUUUUUUGAAGUUAAAUUCGAACUAUGGCUCGUAUUUUACACUUAAAAGACUUAAAGUCCGUAGAAGACGCAUUACCUUUAGACUACUUCUUCUUUAAAAUAUUAAAACCUUAUCUCAACAUCACUCACUGACUACUAAAACCUCAUCUAAACAUCACUCUUUGAAUACCAAACCUUACCAUAAAAUAACACACUCUCUCUCUAACCAAUAGCGAGCUGAAACUCUCCAGAAUCCGUCUCCCCACAUCAGCUAGUCAAUCUCUUGUUAUAGGACACCGAUCUCCUCAAUCUACUCCAACAAAACGUGAAUAAAUCGGCCGAACAGGUCCUCAAUCAACUCCUUAACACUCCCCAAUCAACAAACAGUACCACCGUCGUACCCGACUCCAUUCUCUACGCCAACUCCUACAUUCAGGCCAAGAUCUCACUCAAAAUGCCAUACCCAGUCACGUUGAAUACGAUUAGAGGCGAAAGAACGGACGACGUACCGUGGAUGGUAACACAGCAAAGAAAUGUGACAUACAUGAAAAAGACCAUCGAUCGUAUUUACUUUUCUCUCGAUGAAAUGACAAAUGGACAGUCGAAUUAUGAUCUACAACACUUUCAGGUACAAUAUAAAGCACAAGCACUUAUUCGCACAGACAGUGGAUACGAAGAUGUGUCAUGAAUAUGUCUAUCUUGUUACUGUGUGUAGCCGGAAAAUGCAUUAUAUCCAAGUCUAGACUAACUACAAUACAUUAGUUAUCAUUAACAUCGUUUUGUCUUGAGUUCAAAUGCAAACAUCAGGUUUAUACCUAAAAAAAUCAAAACAAAAACGUUACCUACUUGAAUAUUGAAGUCUUUGACACAUCUUCGUAGCAAUACCUCAUGUCUGCUGCUUAUAAUAACAAAAAUUAUGCACAUAUUACCUAAAAUAAUUCAAAACAUUCUUAAAACCUUCCAGAUUUUCUAUUCCAAAACCAUAAAAUAACUUUUAAAGUUAAUACUUUAAUCCAAAACAAACAAUAUGUGCAUAAAAAUGCUUUUACUAACUGUAUGUAAAAACUAGAUCACAAUUCUAUUAAAUAAUAUAGAAAUUACAGCCAAUUCUAAGUCCUGAAGAAGAAAAACAUCUGUUACAAGUGCUGCGUCACAGUCCAAAUCAACCAAAACUAUUGCAUUAUAGUCAAUCACAAGCUGUUACAUAUCGUACUACCCACUCAAGCUACUGGAAAGCCUAUGAAGCUAAAGCUGUCACUAACACAGUGAGUUUUCUUAUAUUGUACAUGGUGGUGGCAUGGAUAGUCAUAAAAUUUUUAUCUGCCAAGUCAUUCAUUUGAAAACUUUAGGAAAGUUGAAUAAUUAUAUCUGUUUGCUUUUCCUAAAAUAUGAAAACAAUCUAAUAAAAGUAACUCAACUUACCAAAAUAUUAAGCUAUAUUUUUAUAGACCUCGGCAAUGCCAGCUCCAAUCUCAACUCCCCAAGAAAUGACGAAGCCAGAGCCAUCAAAAACAGCUGAACUAAUCGUCGAUAAACAUGAAACACCAUCUCCAGUUGACCAUAUAACCCAAUCUGAUCUAAAGAUUGAAGAUGGAGAAUCACCUACUCGAACAUUGGAGAAGAUCGAAAAGAUGGAACUGAAGCCAAUUGGCAAACAACGUCCAGAAGAAGUUGAAGUUUAUGUUCGAGGACGUGGUCGAGGUCGGUAUGUGUGUGAACGAUGUGGAAUUCGAUGUAAAAAACCAUCCAUGUUGAAGAAGCAUCUAAAAUCACACACAAACAUUCGGCCCUUCUCAUGUAUAACAUGCAACUUUGCUUUUAAGACCAAGGGAAAUCUUACCAAGCAUCUGUUCUCUAAAACGCAUCGGGUGAAGGUCGGAAAGUAAGUUAUUUUACUGUUUUUCUUGUAAAAAAUAAAAUUUUUCCGAAAAAUCUUACUUUUGUGUAAAUUUCGUCUUUGCAGUCUGCAAAAAUCAUUUUGCGGGCUGCGCCCAAUUUAUUCUUGCUACUUUUUCGACAAAAUAUUGUUUUUUAUGGAUUCCUUUAUGUUAUGUUAGUAAUAUUCUCUUAUUUUGCAAUAUGCAUCAACUUAUUUACUGGUUUUAAUCAAUUUCAGUGUCCGUGGAGAUGUUCAACCUCAUAAUGAAGAAGAAAACGCCCUCAAAGUCUACACGACGGAAGGAGAAGCUGCGGAUGCCCUGAAAUUGAGUGAACUAGAAAGUCGUUUUGUCAACGAUGAAUUCGACAACAAAAACGACGACAAUGACAGUGAUAACGAAGACGAAAUCAUUGGAUUCUCCGCACCGUUACCUCCAUGUAGCGCUGCCAUUCCGUACCGUCGUUUUGGUCAAGAGAACAUUCUGUUCGAACGUACAGCUCACACUCCACCAACCUUAUGGACUUUGUAUCCUAAUGACGAUCCAACACAGUGGCCAAAAGCUGACGAUCCGGAGAGAAGUUGUCAUUCAGCACCUCCAGCAUGUUCAUCGACUUUGCCGAAGAAAAGCGACAAAAAGUCGUUGCCAUCGUUGGACAAAAAGUCAUUGCCUGGACUGGAGAAGAUCUCGUCGAUGUCGGCGUUGGAUAAGAUAUCAGUUUUGGACACGGAACCGAGUACAAGCAGUGAAUUUAACUUUAACAACUUUCAACUGAAUCGACCGAUAGAGAUGGAAGAUGCUGAACGAAGUUUGGCGGCCAAGAAUGCUACUGCGAACUUGAUGGGCAACUCAAGGGGUUUGAAUUUGUUAGGAGAAAGGUUAAAACAUCUUGGAAAUGAAGAUUUAAGCUUGGUUAGUGGACUUCGUAACUCGACGAUACCUGUAUUGGGUGGAGAUGCCAAAAUGGCUGGUUUUGAUCAAGAUCAGCUUAAAUCAGCGGCUUUUUUGGGUCAAGAUCAGCACAACAAACUGGUGAAUCUGGGCCUAGAUCAACACAAAGGCUUGAUGAGUUUGGGUCAAGAUCAACAUCAAAAAGUGGCGUUUUUGAACCAAGAUCAACGUAACACAAUAUCGUCGUUGAUUGGCUUGAAUUCUUUUGGGAAUUCAAUACCGUCAUUGUUGGAGCAGCUUACUGGAGCUUCUGUACCAUCGGUAUUGAAGGAUUCUGGAGCAUCAUAUUUAAAGGAUUCUGGAGCUUCAUUGCUAAACAACUCUGGAGCUUCAUUGUUAAAGGAUUCAGGAAUUCCAAUAUCAGCUUUGUUGAAAGAUUCAGCGUUAUCCCUUCAGCUACAGAACAACUUGGCAUCGUUGAAUGGAAUCAACGAUGAAAUCUUGAAAAAAGCUGUUUUUGCCUCGCUUUCUGAUCAAAACUUGUUGUCAACGGCUUCUGGAGAUGCUAAAUUUCAUGGGUUUGUUUCCACAGAUUCUAAGCAACUUGUACCUUCUUCUUAUGAUCCUAAAAUCUUCGGAUCUACACCUUCUGAAGCUAAAAUCUUUGGCACACCGCUUUCUGAAGCCAAGAUCCUUGGUUUAUCAAAUUCCGAAGCCAAUGUUCUAGCCUCAUCUUCUUCAGAAGCCAAAAACUUUUUUGAUUUGAGCGUCAAAGAGACCUUGGCCAUCUCAUCAGCAACGUCAAAGCUAGCCAAUUUAGCUGAGCUUUCUAGUCGAGCCGGUUCAGUCCUCUUCCCCUUGGACAACUUGAAACAGAUCAGUAACACGAGUGUUGGUGAGUUCUUGGCCACCGAAUGUCGACCGUUUUAUUGUGACAUUUGUGAGCGAAAGUUCCGCAAAGAAUCCGAACUAAACCUUCACAAGCAAACGCAUCUGAUUGAGCAACAAAACGCUCGUACUCGCGCGUAUCAAUGCUCUGAAUGCCGUACUGUGCAUCGAUCGAAAGCGCUGUUGAUCAAACACAUGGAACAAGCUCACAAUAAAGCUUUAGAGACGGAUGAUAAGGAUGAUAUAGCACUGGCAAACACCGAUGCACCAGAAACCAGUACCAAUGUGAAUAUGCGACGCUAUUACUGUAGUGAUUGUGAUGUUGGCUUCCGCACUCAUGGCGUUUUGAUCAAGCACUUGAGGUCGAAGAAUCACGUGAAAACCCUCGCGGCCCAAGGCAAAAUUCCUGAAGACGCGUUGAGUUUGAUCAAAGACCACACCAACCAGCUGGCUCAAAUUGACGCAUCCGAUUGCGUUCAGGCCAAGAAAACAAUCAUACGUAAGUGGAUGAUGGGUUGGGUGAUCAAGAAAGUUAAUGAUACUUUUGUUAGUGCCUUAGGGAUUAAAAUAGGUCAAAAUUAAUGUGUUUGAAGGAUUGAAAUAGGUAACAUUAAUGGGUUUGGCGGGUUAAAAAUAGUUUUUUUGGGAAGAAAUGAGGGAAAAUAUUUUACAUGGUUUCUCCUGCCGAUUUUUUUUAAAUUUGAAAUUUUUUCUUAAUCGAAAAAAUUUUUAAAGUGAAAGAAUCCCUAACUCAACAAUUUUCAGAACUACUAGAAGAGCUUCGAUCAGAACAAAAGUCGGAUACACCAUCAUUAGCUAUUGGAAUCAGUGAACAAAGCCUAAGCCUACUACAACAUGCCGAAACUUCCAAAAAGUCCUCAGAAUCCAAAAGCUCAGUAUUUCCAAUUCUUCACCAACCCGAAAGCUAA